AUGGGCUCCCCAGAAGAUGGGAAACACAUGGAUGGAAAUGAAGGUCAACCUACAGAACUUCAUCUGAAGCCAAUUUCUUCGGAUCAACAGCUCGGAUCUACAAUUUCAAGUCAAGUAUCAAUCCCUCGAAGGUUCCUGGCUCAGCCAAUCGAAACCGUACGAAGCUCCAACGUUCAGCCAGCUUUGAGAGCAAAUCAACCUUUAUCAAAGCCCGAAAUCCAUCCAAAAGAGCCUGAAAAUCGACCGAGAAGAUUCCUCCCUGAACCGAUUGAAACAAGCAAAUCUAGUAAUAGACGGUCUCAUUCCAAUUCUGAGGCACAGAGGAAUUCUGCGUCUUAUAGCAAGACACCGACGGCUCCAAGAAGAUUCAAACUCGAUCUGAUAGAAACCGACACCCGCUCCGUCCGAAAAGGGGAACCUCCUCGGUUUCCCCAAUAUGUGUCUUCUGCACCCCAUACAAUCAUUUGUCCAAAGACGACAUCGUGGGUAGAUCCAGACCCCCAUACCCGCACCCAUCUGCCAUCUGAAUCUCAAUUUUCGUAUUCGAAUCUUCUACGCCGACAACAAGCCCGCAGACACUCGUUCCGAGUUCCGGAUCUCCCAUCGAUCCCCUCUGAUAGCAGCGAAGAAUCAGAUAACUCCAGAUCUCAUUCGGCAUGCACUUCGCCUGGGCCUUCCAAUAAAGUGACACGGGAUUUAUCCUCGAGCAAGCUACCCCGUGAAAGCUGCGAUGGGAAGAUCUCCGAAUUCUUGCUCUCUCUUGCCGCUCGAUCCGCACAAAAACAGUUGAAGGAGCAAGCACUGGCUGCUUUUCCCAACGAGCAAGUGUACGAGCCUGUAGAUCAUUUUGCCAUCGACGAAGGUGAUAGAGAUUCGGACGAUGAUGUGUCUCAUAUAAAGUAUCAUCAUGUCAAGUCCCGACGACAAUCUUCGGCAGAUUUGUCCUGGGAACUUGAGUACAUGCGCCACCACAAGGAGGAGGCUGAGAUGAGAAUCCGGGCGAUGGUUGCAUCUGGACAACCAAAUUCUUCAUCAGAGCACAAUAAAAAUGGCAAGAGCCCACCCAUGCUUGGCAAUGACAUGGUCAUUCCUCGAAGCGCCUCACCCGAGGGAACAGUAUGUGAGCACCCUAGCACUGAUGCAGCCUCUCGUGGUGUACAUGAUCUUUGUACUGGCUGUGGUGGCUUAUGGUACGCAGCGCCUCCUCGAGAUGGCGGAAAGGGUGCUGGUCUUUGGAUGGGCACUUGUUGCAGGGACGAGGGCCAGAAGCGGGAAGUGCAUGGUCUCCUACCUGGCAUUGUUACCCCCAUGCCUCGUGUCGAUGAGGCUGGCAUUGCCAUGGGACUUAGCCCAUCUCCCUCACAUACACAUCUGGAUCGUCUCGCCUCGCCCGGAAAUCAUAGUUUCCGGAAGCCCGUGAGCCCUAGUCUCCAGAAAGCCGUCGAGGCUGAAUUCCAUGAUGGAUUUGUGACUCAGAUUUAUAAUUACUUGUCUCUGGGUUAUCCGUGCCUUGCUCGCUAUUAUGAUUAUGAACUCAGCCGAAUUUCGGGCAUCCCCCUCCAGGAUCUUCGCCGGGAUGACUUGCAAAUUGACGCUAGAGGCUACGUUGUAGCCCCCAAGAAUAACGAUCUCGCGGAUGCAUGUGCACGAUGGAAGGCUCUCCGUCUAUACAUCAAGGAAUGGGCGAGGCAGGAGCCCGGCAUGGCUGAAGAAGAUACCAAUCUCGAAGGCUGGGGACCGCCAGGGCGAAGAGGCAGCUGGGGCAAUUGA